AUGGCCAAGCGCCCCUCCAUAGUCAGAGUGCUGCAGUGUCUGCCCGUGUCCCUGUCCAAAAACAUCAGCAGUGCUCUACUGAGCAGGCCAACCUUCCAGCAUGCAGCAGUGUAUUUGGCUGCAAUACGAGGCCCCACAGCGGGCCACAUCCCUGAGUGGCGUGGGCAGAGGAGUGUGUGUGUAAUGUACUGUUGCCUUCUCCAUGAUCGUGCUGUGUGUGUGUGUGUGUGUGUGUGUGUGUGUAGUAGCUACCUCAGCCUGACCUAGAUCCCCUAUUGUCAUGCUCUCACACUCUCUACACUCUCCACCAAUCACCUCUCUCUGUCCUCCCAGGGAGCAUUGUGAGUGUGGGGGACCCCAAAAAGAAGUACACACGCUUUGAGAAAAUAGGACAAGGGUAAGUCCACCUUCAAUUCAAAUCCACUAGCUACUUACUGCCUCUUAUUGGAAUGAAGUGGUCUUUGCUAGUCAGCCCAGCUGAGAGAAAUAAAUACAGUGCCUCACUCAGAUGUGACCAGAGACAGAGAGGAGAGAAUGAAAGAGGUUGAAGGGUGAGAGAGAGAAUAGAGAGAAGUAGAGAGGAAAACAGAACUUUAUCCAGGCCUGGCUGCGGGCCAGAUGAGCUCAGCCUGCUCUCUCUCACUACCCCCCCACCCCCCUCUCUCUCUCUCUCUCUCUGGAGUUUGGGGUGAGCUUAGCCCUGAUAUCACCACUCCCUCCACCUCAGUCCUGAACACAACAACAGCAGCUUCCAGCUCCCUCCAGCACUGCAGAGGCACUCUGUAUGUCUGUGUAGCCUAAUCUAACACACCCCUAAGGGCUCCCCUGAUCAAUGUGGGUGGGAAUGACAGACAAUCUACACACACUGUCUAUAAAUUAAAACAGCUGUGCAAAAAGAUAAGAACACUACGCUGUGGUUGCACACAGAUCCCUCUGAUUGAAACCACAGGAAGAUGUUAUCUAAGGAUGUGAGCCGUUAACAAACCAGGAGAUAGAUCACAUGAGACUAUUCCUGAUGAGUCAAGUCAAUAAUUAGUAUGGAUUGGUUGCACAGCUACAUAACAGAGUGUUCGUUACCUGGCUGGCUGCAGGGUAUCAGUGUCUGGGCCGGGGGCUGGGCCUGCCUCCACGAGAGCUGACUGGACCAAACAUUAACACUCUUUCAUUAUUAAUACACACUCACAAUGCAAUACACUGGUGUAGCGUGACAGUCUCAGGGAUGGAGGGAGGGAGGGAGGGAGGGAGGGAGAAGAGAGAGGGCAAGGAGAACAGAGUGAUGGAGAGAAGUGGGAGAGAGAGAUGUGUGACUUGACUCAAGCUCUGACUUGUGACUUGUGAAAUCAGUCUUCCACUUCAUUCUGUCUAAUAAUAACUUAAGAACAUUAACUUUAUUUGUAUAGCACUUUUCAAUACAGGUAACAAAGUGCUUCACUUCAUAAAAUAAAAGUACUAACAAAGAAACAAAGACAGGAGGAAGAAGAAUAAAACAAGAUAGCUAAUUCAAAUCAUACAUUCAAAUCAUACAUUAAAAGCAUCUUUAUAAAAGUGUGUUUUCAGCAGGGAUACAAAGAGGCACUGAAACUACAAGCCUGAUCUCUUCUGGCAGACCAUCCCAAAGGCUAGGGGCCCUAAUGGCAUGUAGCUAUAACUUUCUCCAGAUCAGUGACUGAAUAAAAUACUUGACUUUAGCUAUAUUUCUAAGGGGAUAAAAGCAGGACUGGAUAACCUUCUUUACAUGUAGUUCGAGGUUUAGGUAAGAGUCAAAGAAGACACCAAGGUUUUUGGCCAUAGGCUUUACAUUGGUGGACAAAUGACCAAGGUUAUUUACAAUCUGGGAUCUAGCAAGGUGGGGGCCAUAUAAAACAACCUCUGAUUUCUUAUCAUUGAGAUAGAGAAAAUUGUCAGACAUCCAACAUUUGAUGUCAGCAAGACACUUGUGAAGGGUAGUUACGCAGCUUAGCCACUGGGUUUGAUUAGUAAAUAAAGCUAUGUGUUAUCCGCAUAGCAGUGAAACUGAAUGUUAUGAUUGCGGAUUAUGUCACCAAGGGGAAGCAUGUACAGGGGGAAAAGGAUGGGCCCCAUAAUUUAUCCCUGGGGGACACCAUAGUGAAUAGGUUCUGGGGACAAGACUGAACCACCCACCCUCACUGAGAAAUGUCUGCCGCAUAGAUAUGACCUUAACCAGUCGAGGGCAAUGCAGCUGGUCAACAAGGAUGUUAUGGUCAAUAGUGUCAAACGCAUCACUGAGAUCCAAAAUAACUAGAAUAGAGCAUUAAUCGACAGCCAACAGAAGGUCAUUACUGACUGUCAAUGAAGCAGUUUCCAUGCUCAAAUAAGUGACCAGUUGCUUGAAAGCAACAUCUAAAAUCUUGGAUAAAAAAGGAAGUUUAGAGAUAGGUCUAUAAUUACUCAGUGAGGGUUCUAGAUUGGGCUUUUUAAGGAGAGGUUGGACCAGAGCAGUUUUAAAAUAGGCUGGAAAGGAGCCAGAGGUCAGGGAGCUAUUUACAAGAGACAGAAUGUUGGGGCCAACAGUAGGCAUAAGCUUUUUUAGUAGUCUAGUAGGGAUCACGUCCAAGGGGCAGGAGGAGGUCUUCAUGUGAGCGACAGGAUCAAGGAGGGACUCAAAUGAUAUUCGCUCAAAGGAAGCAGUAGACAGUCUCAGAGUAGUUACCUCAAGUGCAUCCUGACAGGAAAUGCUGGUAUGGUGUCGGCUACUGUCAUUCUGGGAUCUAAUAUUUUCUAUAUUUUCUGUAAAGUAUCUUAAAAACUGUUGACAGAGGUCAGGGGAUGUGAGCAUGUCACUGUUAGUGGGGGCACCAGCAACACGCUCAAUUGUCUUAAACAGAAUUUUCGAGUUGUGGGAGUUCUCAGAGAUCAGGAUAGAGAAGUAGUUCGCUCUUGCAUCUUUAACAACAACAUUGUAAUUUCUCAUCAGAUCCUUCUAUAUCUCAAAGAAUACUUGAAGUUUGCAGGCCUUCCAUUUAUGUUCAGCCUUUCUAAGUUCACUUUUUAACCAACGAUCCACUCAAGGUCUAAGGUCAUUCUGUGAAGCCUCAUUAUCCAAACGAAGCCACUCUGCUGCGACAGAACAGUCUAUAGUCAGAUAGACUGCUGGGGUGUUAUGAGACUGGGAAGGUUUAGUGAAGGAUGAGGAAGGCAUGGGUUAGGCCAUAUAAUUAGGAAUUAGAAUAGUAGAAUGGACAAGAACCUUCUAAUGAUGGGAAUUUAUGGAACUUUGAGUGUUUAUAACAUAGCCCCUCUAGUAAUGUAAUAGGAUCUCUAUGGGUUAGACUGCCAUGGUGCACUGGUAAAGUCAAUGUAGUGGAAACUAGGCUGAAGUUCAUGGUGUGUAACCAAAAAGUAAACCAGACUCCUGGCAGGGGACUCAGUCUGUUCCUGGUUAUAUUCCUUCACCAUGGGACUGUUCUAUUUCUUCACCAUGGGACUGUGUUAUAUUCCUUCACCAUGGGACUGUGUUAUAUUCCUUCACCAUGGGACUGUGUUAUAUUCCUUCACCAUGGGACUGUGUUAUAUUCCUUCACCAUGGGGACUGUGUAUAUUCCUUCACCAUGGGACUGUGUUAUAUUCCUAGGGGACUGUGUUAUAUUCCUUCCACCAUGGACUGUGUUUAAUUCCUUCAACCAUGGGACUGGUGGUUAUUCCGUCACCAUGGGACUGUGUUAUAUUCCGUCACCAUGGGGAUGCCUGUGUUUAUAUUCCGUCACCAUGGGACUGUGUUAUAUUCCCGUCACCAUGGGACCGGUGUUGAAUAAUUCCUUCACCAUGGGAACUGUGUUAUAUUCCUCACCAUGGGACUGGUGUUAUAUUCCGUCACCAUGGGACCUGUGUUAUAUUUCCGUCACCAUGGGACUGUGUUUAUUCCUUCACCAUGGGACUGUGUUUAUAAUACGCCCAUGGGACGUGUUAAAAUAUUCCUUCACCAUGGGACUGGUGUUAUAUUCCGUUCACCAUUGGACUGUGUUAUAUUCCUUCACCAUGGGACGUGUGUUAUAUUCCGUCCAACCAUGGGACUGUGGUUAUAUUCCUUCACCAUGGGACUGUGUUAUAUUCCUUCACCAUGGGACUGUGUUAUAUUCCGUCACCAUGGGACUGUGUUAUAUUCCGUCACCAUGGGACUGUGUUAAAUUCCUUCACCAUGGGACUGUGUUAUAUUCCUUCACCAUGGGACUGUGUUAAAUUCCUUCACCAUGGGACUGUGUUAUAUUCCUUCACCAUGGGACUGUGUUAUAUUCCUUCACCAUGGGACUGUGUUAUAUUCCUUCACCAUGGGACUGUGUUAUAUUCCGUCACCAUGGGACUGUGUUAUAUUCCGUCACCAUGGGACUGUGUUAUAUUCCGUCACCAUGGGACUGUGUUAUAUUCCUUCACCAUGGGACUGUGUUAUAUUCCGUCACCAUGGGACUGUGUUAUAUUCCGUCACCAUGGGACUGUGUUAUAUUCCGUCACCAUGGGACUGUGUUUAUAUUCCGUCACCAUGGGACUGUGUUAUAUUCCUUCACCAUGGGACUGUGUUAUAUUCCUUCACCAUGGGACUGGUGUUAUAUUCCUUCACCAUGGGACUGUGUUAUAUUCCGUCACCAUGGGACUGUGUUAUAAUUCCCUUCACCAUGGGACUGUGUUAUAUUCCGUCACCAUGGGACUGUGUUAUAUUCCUUCACCAUGGGGACUGUGUUAUAUUCCUUCACCAUGGGACUGUGUUAUAUUCCGUCACCAUGGGACUGUGUUAUAUUCCGUCACCAUGGGAACUGUGUUAUAUUCCGUCACCAUGGGACUGUGUUAUAUUCCUUCACCAUGGGACUGUGUUAUAUUCCGUCACCAUGGGACUGUGUUAUAUUCCUUCACCAUGGGACUGUGUUAUAUUCCGUCACCAUGGGACUGUGUUAUAUUCCUUCACCAUGGGACUGUGUUAUAUUCCUUCACCAUGGGACUGUGUUAUAUUCCGUCACCAUGGGACUGUGUUUAUAUUCGUCACCAUGGGACUGUGUUAUAUUCCUUCACCAUGGGACUGUGUUAUAUUCCGUCACCAUGGGACUGUGUUAUAUUCCUUCAACAUGGGACUGUGUUAUAUUCCGUCACCAUGGGACUGUGUUAAAUUCCUUCACCAUGGGACUGUGUUAUAUUCCUUCACCAUGGGACUGUGUUAUAUUCCUUCACCAUGGGACUGUGUUAUAUUCCUUCACCAUGGGACUGUGUUAAAUUCCUUCACCAUGGGACUGUGUUAUAUUCCGUCACCAUGGGACUGUGUUAUAUUCCGUCACCAUGGGACUGUGUUAUAUUCCGUCACCAUGGGACUGUGUUAUAUUCCUUCACCAUGGGACUGUGUUAUAUUCCUUCACCAUGGGACUGUGUUAUAUUCCGUCACCAUGGGACUGUGUUAUAUUCCGUCACCAUGGGACUGUGUUAUAUUCCUUCACCAUGGGACUGUGUUAUAUUCCGUCACCAUGGGACUGUGUUAUAUUCCGUCACCAUGGGACUGUGUUAUAUUCCGUCACCAUGGGGACUGUGUUAUAUUCCGUCACCAUGGGGACUGUGUUAUAUUCCGUCACCAUGGGACUGUGUUUAAUUCCGUCACCAUGGGAACUGUGUUUAUAUUCCUUCACCAUGGGACUGUGUUAUAUUGCCUUCAUCACCAUGGGACUGUGUUAUAUUCCGUCACCAUGGGACUGUGUUAUAUUCCGUCACCAUGGGACUGUGUUAAAUUCCUUCACCAUGGACUGUGGUUAUAUUCCGUCACCAUGGGACUGUGUUAAAUCCUUCACCAUGGGACUGUGUUAUAUCCGUCACCAUGGGACGUGUUAUAUUCCGUCACCAUGGGACUGUGUUUAUAUUCCGUCACCAUGGGACUGUGUUAUAUUCCUUCACCAUGGGACUGUGUAUAUUCCUCACCAUGGGGACUGUGGUUAUAUUCCUUCACCAUGGGGACUGUGUUAUAUUCCGUCACCAUGGGACUGUGUUAUAUUCCGUCCACCAUGGGACUGUGUUAAAUUCCUUCACCAUGGGACUGGUUAUAUUCCUCACCAUGGGACUGUGUUAAAUUCCUUCACCAUGGGACUGUGUUAUAUUCCUCACCAUGGGACUGUGUUAUAUCCUUCACCAUGGGACUGUGUUAUAUUCCUUCACCAUGGGACUGUGUUAUAUUCCGUCACCAUGGGACUGUGUUAUAUUCCGUCACCAUGGGACUGUGUUUAUAUUCCGUCACCAUGGGACUGUGUUAUAUUCCUCACCAUGGGACUGUGGUAUAUUUCGUCACCAUGGGACUGUGUUAUAUUCCUUCACCAUGGGACUGUGUUAUAUUCCGUCACCAUGGGACUGUGUUAUAUUCCGUCACCAUGGGACUGUGUUGAUAGGUUCCUUCACCAUGGGACUGUGUUAUAUUCCUUCACCAUGGGAACUGUGUUAUAUUCCUUCACCAUGGGACUGUGUUAUAUUCCGUCACCAUGGGACGGUGUUAUAUUCCUUUCACCAUGGGACUGUGUUAUAUUCCGCACUAUGGGACUGUGUGUUAUAUUCCUCACCAUGGGACUGUGUUAUAUUCCUUCACCAUGGGACUGUGUUAUAUUCCGUCACCAUGGGACUGUGUUAUAUUCCGUCACCAUGGGACUGUGUUAUAUUCCGUCACCAUGGGACUGUGUUAUAUUCCUUCACCAUGGGACUGUGUUAUAUUCCGUCACCAUGGGACUGUGUUAUAUUCCUUCACCAUGGGACUGUGUUUAUAUUCCGUCACCAUGGGACUGUGUUAUAUUCCUUCACCAUGGGACUGUGUUAUAUUCCCUUCACCAUGGGACUGUGUUAUAUUCCGUCACCAUGGGACUGUGUUAUAUUCCGUCACCAUGGGACUGUGUUAUAUUCCUUCACCAUGGGACUGUGUUAUAUUCCGUCACCAUGGGACUGUGUUAUAUUCCUCAACCAUGGGACUGUGUUAUAUUCCGUCACCAUGGGACUGUGUUAAAUUCCUUCACCAUGGGACUGUGUUAUAUUCCUUCACCAUGGGACUGUGUUAUAUUCCUUCACCAUGGGACUGUGUUAUAUUCCUUCACCAUGGGACUGUGUUAAAUUCCUUCACCAUGGGACUGUGGUUAUAUUCCGUCACCAUGGGACUGUGUUAUAUUCCGUCACCAUGGGACUGUGUUAUAUUCCGUCACCAUGGGACUGUGUUAUAUUCCUUCACCAUGGACUGUGUUAUAUUCCUUCACCAUGGGACUGUGUUAUAUUCCGUCACCAUGGGACUGUGUUAUAUUCCGUCACCAUGGGACUGUGUUAUAUUCUUCACCAUGGGACUGUGUUAUAUUCCGUCACCAUGGGACUGUGUUAUAUUCCGUCACCAUGGGACUGUGUUAUAUUCCGUCACCAUGGGACUGUGUUAUAUUCCGUCACCAUGGGACUGUGUUAUAUUCCUUCACCAUGGGACUGUGUUAUAUUCCUUCACCAUGGGACUGUGUUUAUAUUCCUUCACCAUGGGACUGUGUUAUAUUCCUUCACCAUGGGACUGUGUUAUAUUCCUUCACCAUGGACUGUGUUAAAUUCCUUCACCAUGGGACUGUGUUAUAUUCCUUCACCAUGGGACUGUGUUAUAUUCCGUCACCAUGGGACUGUGUUAUAUUCCGUCACCAUGGACUGUGUUAUAUUCCGUCACCAUGGGAACUGUGUUAUAUUCCGUCACCAUGGGACUGUGUUAUAUUCCUUCACCAUGGGACUGUGUUAUAUUCCUUCACCAGGGAACUGUGUUAAUUCCGUCACCAUGGGACUGUGUUAUAUUCCGUCAACCAUGGGGACUGUGUUAUAUCCUUCACCAUGGGACUGUGUUUAUUCCUUCACCAUGGGGACUGUGUUAUAUUCCUUCACCAUGGGACUGUGUUAUAUUCCUUCACCAUGGACUGGUGUUAUAUUCCUUCACCAUGGGACUGUGUUAUAUUCCUUCACCAUGGGACUGUGUUAUAUUCCUUCACCAUGGGACUGUGUUAUAUUCCUUCACCAUGGGACUGUGUUAUAUUCCUUCACCAUGGGACUGUGUUAUAUUCCUUUCACCAAUGGGACUGUGUUAUAUUCCUUCACCAUGGGACUGGUGUUAUAUUCGUCACCAUGGGACUGUGUUAUAUUCCGUCACCAUGGGACUGUGUUCACCAUGGGACUGUGAUAUUCCUUCACCAUGGGACUGUGUUAUAUUCCUUCACCAUGGGACUGUGUUAUAUUCCUUCACCAUGGGACUGUGUUAUAUUCCCUUGGAGCUGAUUCAGAAAUGGAAGCAUCAUAAAAAUGUGUCUUUCCCCAGGGCAGAGUGCAGGGUGGUGGUAUACAGCAGCAUGUCUCUGCCCUCCAGCACUCAGAGGUGUAAAAUGUCAGGGCAGAGAGAGGGACAUCUUGGGAUAAAGGUGCAGAUUACUGUACCCCGGCCGGGGGUGCCAAACACACACAGCUUUUAUCAGCUUACUGUAAUCUUUGUCUGGCUAAUUAAAAGGCUGCUCAGGCUACUAUAGAGGGAAUAUCAAAUCUGUGAUUCCACUGGAGCCUCAACACCCCUGUGGCACAGGGAUCAGAAUACACAUCAUUUACGCACAAGACAUAUACUGUACAUGUUACAGAACAUACUGUACACUUUGCAAUGAAUCAUAAUGUACAUGUUAAAAAGAGCACUUUAAACACGCUGUACACUUGGCAGAGUGGGUUCAUAUGCCAGUCAUGAAGUGUAUGCAUUACAGAGUCAUAAACACAUCAUAGAGGAAUGGGCACUCCACACCCAGGUUAUUAAAGUAAACUAAAACUGAAACUAAAACUAAAACUAAGUUAAUGAAAAAACAAAUUAGUAAACUGAAAUAUAAUAAUUAACAAAAUCAAAUCAAAUCAGAUUUUAUUGGUCACAUACACAUAUGUAGCAGAUGUUAUUGCGGGUGUAGCGAAAUGCUUGUGUUCCUAGCUCCAACAGUGUAGAGCAAACUAAAACUAUACUGAAACUAUUAUACAUUUGUUUCUCCAAAACGAUAUAAAAUAAAAUGAAAACCAUUGUGAAUUAUGUUCAGUUUUAGUACUUUUUUGGGGGGGAGGGGGCAAAGAUCUAAUGGGAUUUUCAAACUACUUAAUCUGGCGGGUAAUUGCGGCCAGAUGAUGGGGAUGUUUCAAAAAGGCCUAGCUUGGGCAUCACUUUCACUAGCUAUCACUAGCUAAUGGGAAAAAAAUGGCUAAGUAUCAAUUUGAUUAUUCUUACAUGUACUACUAAAGUUACCCUUAGAUUCGAUUGACGCGCCCACGCGUCAAUAUAAUUAGCAUAGUAAAAAUAUCCCCAUCAACGUCAAUCUGUUUAAGCUAGAAAUAUAGGUUUUUUGCAUGGGCUGCAUCUCAAUCCACCGCAUCCGCCGAUGUUGGCCUUCCGCAUCUGCGGUGGAAGGUGGCAGAGUUACAGCAGUGUUUGUCAGACCAGGAGACAUCCCGAAAAUCGGUCUUCUCACGAAAACGUCUGGAGAGUCCGAACGGUUUGGGCUAGAAACUAAUAUAACGUAACCUGAGCUCUCCAGAACCCAAUGCCGUACAGCCAUAGGGUUCUCAAUUGAACAAUUGACCACAGCGGGGCCAAUGUGUACAGCUGACGCUCUGUUUAACUGUUAAUAAUCAAUGCAAUACGGUUUUGGAAAUUUCAGAAAUUCUAUACUGAACAAAAAUAUAAACGCAACAUGCAACAAUUUCAACGAUUUUACUGAGUUACAGUUCAUAUAAGGAAAUCAGUCAAUUGAAAUAAAUGCAGUAGGCCCUAAUCUAUGGAUUUCACAUGACUGGGAAUACAGAUAUGCAUCUGUUGGUCACAGAUACCUUUAAAAAAAAUGUUAGGGGCUUGGAUCAGAAAACCAGUCAGUAUCUAGUGUGACCACCAUUUGCCUCAUGCAGCGCGACACAUCUCCUUCGCAUAGAGUUGAUCAGGCUGUUGCCUGUGGAAUGUUUUCCCAGUCCUCUUCAAUGGCUGUGCAAAGUUGCUGGAUAUUGUUGGGAACUGGAACACGCUGUCGUACACGUCUACCCAGAACAUCCCAAACGUUCUCAACGGCUGACAUGUCUGGUGAGUAUGCAGGCCAUGUAAGAACUGGGACAUUUUCAGAUUACAGGAAUUCUGUACAGAUCCUUGCGACAUGGAGCCGUGCAUUAUCAUGCUGAAACAUGAGGUGAUGGCGGCGGAUGAAUGGCACGACAAUGGGCCUUAGGAUCUCGUCACGGUAUCUCUGUGCAUUAAAAUUGCCAUCGAUAAAAUACAAUUGUGUUCGUUGUCCGUAGCUUAUGCCUGCCCAUACCGUAACCCCACCGCCACCAUGGGGCAAUCUGUUCACAAUGUUGACAUCAGCAAACUGCUCGCCAACACAACGCCAUACACGUGGUCUGCAGUUGUGAGGCCAGUUGGACAUACUGCCAGAUUCUCACAAACGACAUUGGAGGUGGCUAAUGGUAGAGAAAUUAACAUUCAAUUAUCUGGCAACAGCUAUGGUGGACAUUAAUGCAGUCAGCAUGCCAAUUGCACGCCCCCUCAACUUGAGACAUCUGUGGCAUUUUGUUGUGUGACAAAACUGCACAUUUUAGAGUGGCCUUUUAUUGUCCUCAGCACAAGGUGCACCUGUGUAAUGAUCAUGCUGUUGAAUCAGCUUCUUGAUAUGUCACACCAGUCAGGUGGAUGGAUUAUCUUGAUAAAGGGCAAAUGCUCACUAACAGGGAUGUAAACAAAUUUGUGCACAACAUUUGAGAGAAAUAAGCUUUUUGUGCAUAUGGAAAAUGUCUGGGAUAUUUUAUUUCAACUCAUGAAACAUGGGGCCAACACUUUACAUGUUGCAUAUAUAUUUUUGUUCAGUAUACUUUCAUAUCACCCCAAUAUAAUUUUAUAAAUACAAAAGAUACACUUACUGUGCGCCAUUUUAGCACAGAUUCCCACGGAGGUGUUUUGCGUUGCACUUCCUGACCUAAUGGAAACUCGGGAGGGAACAAAAACAAAACGUCUGCUCGAAGCUGUGUUACACAAAAAACCUCAGUGGAUAUCUGUGGUAAAACAGCUAACAGUAAGUGUAUACUUUUUAUUUGUAAAGUUGAUUUUGGAUGAUAACUUUAGUGUUCAAGUUUAGUGUUCAAUGUUUCCAAAACUGUAUCGCAAUCAAGGAUAAAUUGUUUCUAGAUAGAGCAUUUCACACUUGACCAAAUGAUCUCAGCUAUUCAAACGGGACGUGGAAGGACUGAGUCAUGAGAAGGGCUAACCUAACCUAUGACCUGACCCAUCACCUUAUGUAUUACUGACCCCCAGUUGCAAGAAGUGACAUCACAAAAAAUUAUACAACCCAAAUGGUUCCUAGCCUCCCACACAUGCUUUCUGUCCCGAACACUAAAACUAAAUCUAAAACUGAAACUAAACAAUAUAAUAACUAAAUAUUUGUAUACAACUAAAACUAAAUAUAAGCUUGCAAAUCAGGUCUUGAAAACUUACUGAAAUUAAACUGAAUUCAAAAUCAAAAUCAAAAAAAAUUAUUGAAAUAAAAAAAUAUAUAAAUACGAAAAACUAUAAUAACCUUGCUCCACUCAAACUUCACAUGCAACUCAGACACACCACUCAUAGCAGAAUGAGCUCUUGACAUUAUCAACAUAUGCAAGUGGUACAAUGUGCACAUUAUAUACUGUAGGGACAUAACCUAUGCAAGACAUUUAUAGAAAUCACAGAGGAAAGGUCACUUUAUUGACAGGUUGAAGACUCCUAUUAGUUAUUACUGACCCAGAAGCAUUAGUGUUGCCUUUUCAAUGGCCAAUCAUCAAUGCUGCCCUCUGGUGGUCAAAUUAAAUUGUACCUGAUCAUCUAUGGAAAAAAUCAAUUGAACUGCUUGCAUUCAAAGACAUUGUGUUAUUGUUUUCUUUGAGAUUAUUGUGUUAAUAAAAAAAUAAGGAAGUGUCCUCCAGGCUCUGGAGAGUUGCAUAACUCUAAUAUUAUAGAGAUAGAUACAGUGGAGGGCCAUGGUCUGUUAUAACUCCUUACAUAUUGACUUGUGUCUAUGUGGCAUUAAUGUGUUGUUCUCUUGUUUCCUCAGGGCAUCUGGCACUGUAUACACAGCCAUUGACAUUGCUACUGGCCAGGAGGUAAACUAAUGUUACUACCACAGUCCCUUCAGAAAAACAUCCACAUCUUACGUGUCUAUCUGCCACCCUGAUAAGCCAUCUCUUCUGGCUAAUCACAGUAACUGUGUAAUCUGUCAGAAGAGCACUGAAGACACCAUCUAAUGUCUUAUUUGUGGUUGUGCCUCUGUUAGGUGGCCAUCAAGCAGAUGAACCUCCAGCAGCAGCCCAAGAAGGAGCUCAUCAUCAAUGAGAUCCUGGUGAUGAGGGAAAACAAAAACCCCAACAUAGUCAAUUACUUGGACAGGUAACCUUCAUCGCCAUGGUUACUGAUGGGGAGAACCACAAGUAUAGCAGCUACUGUAAAUAUGACAAUUUCAUGCAAUGACUAUACUUAAAGGUAGACUCAGCGAAAUGACAUUGCCACGAGCAGCACCAUAGAUAUUGAGAUGAGCGAGAUGCAAGACUUCACUCUUACACGGUCACACACAGUAUCUGCGCAUGUGCAAGGGUUCGCUUCACGCUGUUAGCCAGGGGCACCAAAACAGUGGAUAAGUUAAGCCUCGAGCUUCAAUGCUCUUAGUUCUUGCAGAAAUUGACCAACUAUGCUGUUUUCUUUCUGCAUCUACUUAAUAUCGCUGAGUCUACCUUUAAUCUCUCUGUCCUCCUCUGUCUGUAGUUACCUAGUAGGGGAUGAGCUGUGGGUGGUGAUGGAGUACCUGGCUGGAGGCUCACUAACUGAUGUGGUGACUGAGACCUGCAUGGAUGAGGGCCAGAUCGCUGCAGUCUGCAGAGAGGUAAGAGACCAGCCCUCUACUAUCAACAAAUACCCCCUAGUGACUGGAGCUGAGCCUCUUCUGAACACUAGCCUAGGCAUUUCCUCUGAUCCAGAUGUGUGUCUGUGUCCCCACUCUCUACAGUGUCUGCAGGCUCUGGACUUCCUGCACUCCAACCAGGUGAUCCACAGAGACAUCAAAAGUGACAACAUCCUACUGGGCAUGGAUGGCUCGGUCAAGCUCAGUAAGUCAUCUCACCAGUAAGGGACAGGCAGGAGGGACCAGGGUGGAAUGAUAGUCAAUUGGAUGUUGGGGUAGAGAGUCCUGUGGGGAGUGGUCCUGUGGGUAGUGGUCCUGUGGGUAGUGGUUCUGUGGGGAGUGGUCCUGUGGGUAGUGGUCCUUGUGGGGAGUGGUCCUGUGGGUAGUGGUCCUGUGGGGAGUGGUCCUGUGGGUAGUGGUCCUGUGGGUAGUGGUCCUGUGGGGAGUGGUCCUGUGGGUAGUGGACCUGUGGGUAGUGGUCCUGUGGGGAGUGGUCCUGUGGGGAGUGGUCCUGUGGGUAGGUGUCCUGUGGGGAGUGGUCCUGUGGGGAGUGGUCCUGUGGGUAGUGGUCAUGUGGGUAGUGGUCCUGUGGGUAGUGAGCCUGUGGGGAGUGGUGGGGUUGAAGAAGCCGUGUCUGACAUGUUCCUCUCUCCCUGCAGCCGACUUCGGGUUCUGUGCCCAGAUCACCCCAGAGCAGAACAAGCGCAGCACCAUGGUGGGCACGCCCUACUGGAUGGCACCCGAGGUGGUGACCCGCAAGGCCUACGGGCCCAAGGUGGACAUCUGGUCCCUGGGUAUCAUGGCCAUAGAAAUGGUGGAGGGAGAACCUCCCUACCUGAAUGAGAACCCUCUCAGGGUAAGACACACUAUCUACAGUUCACACACAUCCAGGGAUAUACUGGAGCUAUUUGAUCAGUAAGUGCUAGUAACUGAUUGGCCCCCUCCACCCCUCUCUCCCACCCCCUCAGGCCUUGUACCUUAUCGCCACCAACGGGACUCCAGAGCUCCAGAACCCUGAGCGUUUGACCUCCGUGUUCAGAGACUUCCUCAACCGUUGCCUGGAGAUGGACGUCGACCGCAGAGGCUCAGCCAAGGAGCUCCUCCAGGUACUGACCACCAUGUUAACCCCAACCUGACCACACUGACCACUAACAUAACCCAGACCUUAAUCUGACCACUCUAACAUAACCCAAACUCGACCACCCUGACCAGUCUACCCCUACAUUACUAACAUACAGUUCUAACCUUAAAUCACAGUCUGUACACGCAGAGCAUUCCCCUCAUUACUGUUCUUGUCUUGUGUUCUUUGCAGCAUUCGUUCCUGAAGUUAGCCAAGCCCCUGUCCAGCCUGAGUCCCCUGAUUGUCGCAGCCAAGGAAGCCAUAAAGAACAGCAGCCGCUAG